AUGGGGAAUGAAGGGAGCGCGGAAGGUGGCGACGGCGCGCUUGCUGGAUUACCCGCGGGACUCGCACCCGAUGGGAAGGGUGGCUUCAUCCAGAUGCCCUCAGGGGUGGAGGCAGACCUAAGCAGUCUGUCCGAGGAGGAGAGGAAGCAGCUCGUGGCCGCAAUGGCCAAAGCGCAGUCCAGACCACCAGAGACUCAAGCUAGUGGAACCCGAGGCCCAUCGGGUCUCAGUAAGAGUCGGACUGUAGAUGCAUUUGGAGAGGGCCCGCCUCCAAAGCCAAAGCCUGGACGGAGCCCCUCCUCUCUCAGUCUCCUUGAAUCAAGGUUUCGCCAGGAGCCCAAAGACCCAGAACAGCCACGAACCGGCAUGUUUUCAUCUGGCUUCCUGAGUGGGGCCAAUCCCCUAAGUGCUGUCUCUUCUGCGGUCUCCUCUGCCACCAUCCCAAAAUUUAGCCUCUUUGGGGAUGAUGAGGAGAAUGGGGCAUCCAAGAAGGAUGGAAAGCCUCCUGGUCCACAGGUUGGGGCCGGGAAGGGUCCUCCACAGCAAGGUGGUAAGCCACUUCAGCAAGGCAAGCCUGGUGGUCCUGGUCCCGAACAGCAAGGGCCUAAACCUGGGGGACCGGGACCUCAACAGCAAGGACCAAAACCUAGUACACCUGGUCCCCAACAGCAAGGGCCUAAACCUGGUGGACAGGGACCUCAACAGCAAGGGCCUAAACCUGGUGGACAGGGACCUCAACAGCAAGGGCCUAAACCUGGUGGACCGGGACCUCAACAGCAAGGGCCUAAACCUGGUGGGCCGGGACCUCAACAGCAAGGGCCUAAACCUGGAGGGCCUGGACAUCAGCAACAAGGGCCUGGUAAACCUGGUCCAGUGGGGCCAGGAAAACCCAGUGGACUUGGAUCUCAGCAGCAGGUUAAACCUGGUCCAGGGACUCAAACACAAGGACCUGGUAAAACUGGGCCUGUCCAGGGGAAAGUUGGCGGGACAAUGUGUCCUCUUUGUAAGUCUACACAACUGAAUGUGCAGGCCAAGGACCAGCCACCCAACUACAACACCUGCACUCAAUGCAAACAGCAGGUGUGCAGCCUGUGCGGAUUCAGUCCCCCAGACUCUGAGGGUAAGGAAUGGUUGUGUCUAAACUGUCAGAUGCAGCGGGCAGUGGGUGGCAUGGAGCCCCCUGGACCUCCCACGAUGAAACAGCCCCCCAAGCCGGGCUCAGCUCCUCCCUCCCCACAAAGGAAAGAGUCACUGUCUGAAUCACCUUCCAAGGGUGAGCCAGGGAAGAAGCCCCCAAUGCUAACCAAACAACAGAGUAUUGCUGACACAGGGAAAGGAUCUACACCUCCAGCAACCCCAAAAUCUGGACCAGCGGUUCAACAGGCAUCACCGGGACCCCAGCCUGGCCCACACGGGGCCAAGCGUGGACAGCCACCUCCGCUUCAAAAACCUGUACAAAGCACGAAGGGUAGUCCGCAGCCUUCUCCUGCAAAAACGACCCCAAAACAAGACGGAGGGGGCUUUUUUGGUGGGUUUGGUCUUGGGAGUUUGACAGAGGUAACAAAACCUUCCGCAGGAAAUCAGGCCACAGAAUCAGUCACAGGUAAACUCUUUGGGGGUUUCGGUGGAGCAUCCAAACCUCAGGGUGGCUCCACAGCUCAGGCCAGUGAGUCGGUCACUGGGAAACUUUUUAGUGGGUUUACCGGGCUCACAGAGACGGCAAAGCCUCCACCAUCAUCUCAGUCAUCUGAAAGUGUGUCUGGAAAAAUGUUUGGUUUUGGCUCGUCCAUCCUGAGCUCUGCCACCAAUCUCAUCACUGGGGAGGAACCAAAGUCUCCUCCUGUAUCUCCUCCAGGAUCGCCCCCUGAUUCCCCCGUUGGGUCCGGUGCAGAAUCCCCACCUGGAUCUCCCCCCGACUCAGGCUCAGACUCACCACCCGACACUCCACCUGCUUAUUCCAAAGACCCAGCAUCUCCAAAACCAGCAGCUGCUGAGGGAAAAGAAUCGCCAGACACAUCUUCAAAAUCAACGAAAGCAGAGGAGCCUUUGACUCAAGUCUCAGGCUCUGAUGCCCAGUUCUGCUGUCCGCUCUGUAAAGCACAGCUGAAUGUGGAAUCAGUAGAGUCGCCCAACUACAGCACCUGUACAGCGUGCCAGAAGAUUGUGUGCAACCUGUGUGGAUUUAACCCCACUCCACAUCUGUCAGAGAAAGAAUGGCUCUGCUUAAACUGCCAGACUCAAAGGGCUCUUUCUGGGCAACUUGGGGAUAUGCAACCUCCACCCUCUCCAACCAAGCUGCCAGCCAAACACGAACCCACCCCUCCCUCCUCCCCAGCCCACGCUGCAUCCUCCACCCCAUCCUCUUCUUCACCCACUGCCACCCCUGCCAAAGGGCUAAUGCGGAUGGCCAGUAUAACUCGGGCUUCAGCUGACAAGGCUGAACCCGUCUCAGCCAAAGUUGAUGCUAAAGAUGUCAAAAUUACAGACGCAGUUAAGGAGGUCACAGCAGACAGCAUGCAGAAAAUGGAUGAGCCUUCUUUUCCAUUAAAAGACAAUCUGCUAUUGAGAGAACCUAGUGAGAAAGAGAGCAGCCCCUCAAGUCCCACAGCCCUUGCCAAGUUGGAAAGAACCGUCCUUCCGAUACUAGAAGCUCAAGCAACGACCGAAGAGAAACCAACACCUGAAACUUUCAAGGUCAAGCGCCGACUGGAGGUCCUCCCAACGUCUCCAGAACCCAGUUCAGAGGAAGACCAACAUGAAACUAAUGAUCAAAAUAAUGAUGCUACAAAAAAAGAGAGGAAAAAACUUCUUGUUCCUACAGAUAUCCAAGGAGAUUUUUUUGAAGACAGUAGUGAUGGAGCACCUUCACCUGAACUUCAGGGGAACAAGACUGUUGGAGAAAAAGAAGUAGAAAUAGAGAGUCCAUCCUCUUUGGAUGAAGAGUUCAUUCGAAAGCAGAUCAUCGAUAUGAGUGCAGAUGAGGAUGCAUCACUGUCUGAUGAAGAAAACCUAGUCAGACAGAAAAUCAAAGAUCAUGAGAAGAAGAGAGAUGGUAAGGACAACAGUGAGUCAGUCAAGUCAAGACGGCUUCUCAAAAAGAGCAGCAUCAGUCCAGAAGAUGAACCAGAGCGAAAGAGCAUUAUUUCUGUCACAAAAAUUGAGGAACUGGCUAAAGGUGAACAACCUUCAUUAGACAGUGGAACCGGCAUUCGCCAUUUUAAGACAAUUGAAUUUAACAGUUCAGCGACUGUACGCCAGACAUCUGAUGAUUGUGAACUGGAGAGUCUUACAGACUCUCCUGAUGAUAGGUCUAGGGGUGAAGGUUCUUCUAGCUUGCAUGCAUCCAGUUUUACACCAGGAACAUCUCCAACAUCUUUGUCUUCUCUUGAUGAAGACAGUGACAGCAGCAGCCCCAGUAAUGUUCGAUCUAGUGGUGAGGGCAAGCAGCACAGGAAAGCAAAGCACCGGCAACAAGGCCAGAUGCUUCCCACUAUUGAGGAUUCGUCUGAGGAAGACGAGCUGCGAGAGGAAGAGGAGCUACUGAGAGAACAGGAGAAACAGAAGGGCUCAGGGAAAAAGUCAAAGAAGGACAAAGAGGAGAUACGGGCACAGAGAAGGAGAGAAAGGCCCAAAACUCCACCAAGCAACCUCUCACCAAUCGAGGAUGCAUCUCCCACAGAAGAGCUUAGGCAGGAAGCAGAGAUGGAAGAAUUCCGCAGGUCUUCAUGCUCCGAUCUCUCCCCAAGCAUGGAUUCGGAAACAGAGAGCUUUGAAAUACUUCCAGAGAAAAUUGUUGCUGUCCAAAAAGUCUAUCAGUUACCAACAUCAGUGUCCCUUUAUUCUCCAACAGAUGAGCAGCAUAAUGAAGUUCAUCCCAAAGAAAAGGGAAAGCGUUCAUUGAAAAGUGCAGAUGAGGCAUAUGAAGAAAUCAUGCUUAAGGCCAAAUCUCCAACUAGUGACGUAAAGGAAACUCCACCUGGGAAAGAAUCUCUUUACGGUGGCAUGCUAAUAGAAGAUUAUGCAUAUGAAUCUCUUGUUGAUGAUGGAUCCUAUGAGAAGGUACCAGAAAAUCUGCUUGUAUCCGAGAAGCCUAAAAAGCCUUUGCGAUCUCCAGAUGAAGUUUAUGAAGACAUGAUGCAAAAGAAAAAAGAGAUAAUGCUUAAAGAACAAGAACGAACACAUGACAAGCCAAAAGAGGAUAUUCCUAAACCAGAAAUCUUGUUCCCUUCUACUGACUCAAGUAAGGACAUCUCAUUAGUUGUCACCGGACGGUCUGGUAAGGAUGGAAGACCGCUAUUAGAUGCAGAGGCAGCUUAUGAAGAUCUUAUGAAAAAACAAAGAGCAGUGCUAACUCCAGGAACCAGUCCAACUCAAGCAGGCCCUGAUCUAAGUGGCGUAACACAAGAAACAAAAGAUGCCCAAGUUGAGAGAACAGAGACAGCACCUCCACGAAGAAUACUUUCUAUACCUGAUCUGAGAGUGACACAGUGCUCUUCAGGUGAAGAGGAGUCUGGUGAAGAGAGCAUUACUGACCAGGCACAGGAAUACGAGACUACUACAUCUUCAGCUACAAAGCAACUUGUUGAUGAAGACUUCCAGCAAACAUUACCCCCAGGUUUAACCUCUGAGUCAGGUCUAGAAGAUGUGUCACUGCAAAAAGACACAGCUUCACCUGCAGUAUCAUCUAACUUGCAAAAUGCCACAGAGACAAAUCAAGAUGUUGACAAAGCUGGUAUUGUUGACUUGUCCAAAUCAUCAGCCUCAAGUCAAAUUGACUCUUUUUCCACACCAGUUCCUAGUGUAAUUUCAAGACCAUCACCAACAGUAGUUGUAAGUGUAUCUCCUUUGCCCACUCUACCUCAGUAUAUAGUAUCUACUGCACCUAGUGUUGUGUCAACUGCUCCACCUGUCCCUCCUAAACCUGCAGUUAUGCGUAGAGGUGCAUCUCUGGAAAAAACAGACAUUCCAGUUCCUCCACCGUUACCCCCUCCAACACUACCAAAACCCUCUGUGUAUCCCAAAAAGACUCCACCACAGGUCCCUCCAAGAACUUCUCCAGUCGGAAUGUCAACCUCAGUGGACAGUGUACCAGUAAGACAGCCUGUUGUUUCAAACUACAAACCCCAUGUUCCUCCUCCUGUACCACCAAAGCCAUCCUCCAUACCUGCAGGCCUGACCUUCAGUCACAAACCAGGGGAAACUGUAAAACCACCUAUAGCCCCAAAACCUAUAUCUGGUUCUCAACCAUCUUUUACAACCCAUCCUCCAGUAAGACCUAUAAUACUUGGUACAGGCGGUGCAGACAGUGCCCUUAAUCUUAGUCCUUCUGCUGAGAGCAAGACAGGAACCACAUCUCCACUCAGGUCCCCCUCGUCACCCAGGUUUGCCAAGGUUUUACGUGAUACAUAUGUUGUUAUUACUUUGCCAUCUCAGCCUGGUUCACCUACAGACACCAUUACCACCCAAGCCCCAAGUCCUGGUCAAGAGUCACCACAGAAACAGCCUUCCUCACAUCACCAAACUCAACCACCUCAACAGCCACAAACAACCAGAGUACCAUUGGCAUUCACAAGAAUUACUAAAUCCAUUGAAAGUCAAGAAAUAUGUGGCCCAGAAAAGGUUGUGUCUAGCAUGAGCCACGUCUGUGAGGUUAUUUCAGCCACAACACAGCCUCAAUCGAUAAUCCCCCAUGUUGAUGUUCAGGUAGUUACAACUGAGGUCCAAAGGACAACAGUGUCUGUUGUGCAUGAAAGAACACCACCUCCACGUCUUGCUCCAAGACCCACUGAUGUCCCUGUCGUUCAAGAAAGCAUGAAACCUGAACCAGUUCAAGUACAGAAUGGCCAUGUGUAUCAUCCUGGUGAGGUGGUGGAUCUUCGAACCCCAAAAAUAGAUUCAGAGACAUCCAUGAAGGGUGUGGAUCUGUCUUCAUCAGAGUCAAGACGACAGUCCCUUGCUAUUGAUGCUGUUGUACGUCAGCAAAGUGCGGUGCAGUCAUCCGUUGUAAACCUAAGCACUGAUACCUCCUCAGUAUCUGUAGUUACCGACAGCAUCACCAUCCUUACAUGCACAGCCACUGUAGCUUAUGGCAAUGAAACAUCUCAUUCCACAUCAAUGCCUCUCCAACUUACCACAGUUAAAUCCUUUGAGCCUGUAUCUCAAAUUAUAUACAAGCCUGUUGACUCUCAGCCAGAGAAACCUAUAAAUCUCUCCACAACAGUGGGUAAGACUCACACUCCUGUAACAAUAGCUCCUACAAUUACAAGCAAUGGCAUUAAUACAAAAAUAACCCCUGGAGUAGAAAUAGGCUUAUCAGGUGCAGUUGACCUCACCACUGUUAAACCUGCCCAGACGAUAGUUACAAUGAACGGCUCCACUGCAGAGAUGGUUACUGCGGUAAUUACCGAGGAUGAUGGUAAACCAGUAGAUCUGACAGCAGGAAGAACUGCUGUCUGCUGUGAUGUAGUAUAUAAGCUUCCUUUUGCAGGGAGCUGUGCAACUCAGCAGCCCUCAGCCCCUUUACCAGAGGAUCGUUUCGGCUACAGGGAUGACCACUAUCAAUAUGACCGUACUCCUAAUGGCAUGAGAGGUCUCGGUGGAAUUAAACCAUCAAUGUCUGACACAAACUUGGCUGAGGCUGGUCUUUUCCUGUAUAAAAGUAAGCAUAGUUAUGAUUACAAGGAGGCCACAGAAGGUGCUGUAGAUCUGACAUCUGGAAAAUGUCAGGUCAGUGAAGCUGUGGAUUACUCGAACAAAGCAACAGGAGUGUGCUCUGCAAUGACAGUUCCACAAUACACACAAGCCAGGAUUACUUCAGCAGCUGGAACCCACUAUGGGGUUUCCAGUGUCCUACGAUGUUCAAAUGGUGUUGUGUAUUCUUCUGUAGUAGCACCCGUCCCUUCAACAUAUGCCAUAACCACCCAGCCUGGUUCUAUCUUCAGUACAUCUUACAAUUCUCUGUCGAGUAUGCACCAAAGUGAUACUAUGCCAUCAUUGUCAACUUUACAGAAUCAGCCUCUCACUAGAUCUCACAGUUUUCUGUCAACCAUUGCUGUAACCACAGCAGUGGAACCAAACAACUUGCCCUUGAAUCUAGAGGCUGGUGUUGCAAAGGCUGGCCUUUCCGCAUCUCUCUCAGAUGUAGUUUCUACUUCCACCACAGUGGCAGGACUAGAUGCUUACACAAAUGCUUCAUUAGAGGCAAUUGCAGCCUCCUUAGAGGCCUUGUCUUCACCAAUGGUUCCAGGAGAUGGACAAUACCAGGUGCAGCGUGAGCUUCUUGAACUAGAGAAGAUGAAACAGCAACGUUUUGCUGAAGAACUUGAGUGGGAGAGGCAGGAGAUUCAGAGGUUCCGUGAGCAAGAACAGCUUCUGGUGCAGAAAGAGCUGGAGGAACUUCAGGCGCAUAAACAACAAAUAUUAUGUCAGCAAGAAGAUGAGAGACAGGUCCACCUCCUAAUGCAAAAAGAGACUUACGCUCAGCAGCAGGAGCAAUUAGAGCAGAUCCAGCGGCUUCAAGAGCAGCUCAGACAACAGCUGGAAGAACAGAAGUUCAGGCAGAUGUAUCCAGGGGAGAUCUUGCCAGAGGCUCUUGUUGUAGGAGAAAGAAAGAUGGACAGUGGCUGCCAGACCGAUGAGGAGGAUGAGACUGAAAAGGCUUACACUGCAGGAAGGAAAAAGAAAAGCAAGAAAAGUGUUGAUAGCUGUGUACAGACGGAUGACGAGGACCAGGAUGAAUGGGAAGUUCCAGCUCGAGGCAGGCGUAGUAGCACGGGUAGUAAAAAUGGCAUGGGGGAAAGAGGAGGGGUUUCAGUUCAGGCCCUUACUGAAAUAUCUGUACAAACAGACUCCUUGGGAACACUUAGGCACUCUGUGCAGGUAGACGCUAGAGUAGAUUAUCCUGAUUCUGACAGAACAUCCUCUCCAAAGAGACGCCACUCACUUGAUAUAGGCCAGUCCCCUCACCUCAAAGCAGAUGUCUCUACUCUUCAGGUUGCCCCAGGUCCACCCAAAUCCCCAAAAGUACUUUACUCUCCCAUUUCCCCUUGUGUGUCCCCUAGCAAGUCCCUUGAAUAUCUGUCUUAUGACAAAUCCCUUGGAGAGACAAGCCCACAAAGAAUACCCUCUGCCACAGAUCUUUCCAAAGGCCAACCAAGUCCUAGGGCUCCCAAGGUCAUACAGAGAUCAAUGUCUGACCCCAAACCCAUGAGCCCAACUGCAGAAGAAAGGGCUUCAGAAAAUUUCCAGUAUUCUGAGAGCUAUUCUGUGAGUAUUCGAAAUCUUUCUAAGGGUUCUCCUACCGGAACUCCAUCUGGCACCCAAAAGAAAGUUAAGAGGACACUUCCCAACCCACCCUCAGAGGAAGAAGCCACUAAUGCUGGCCAAACAGCCUACAGCACUGGCUCAGCUCGUCGGCGCCUCUGUCGGAACACUAACAUGGCACGUGCAAAGAUCCUUCAGGAUAUUGACCGUGAGCUGGACCUUGUUGAAAGAGAAUCCUCAAAACUGCGUAAAAAGCAAGCUGAACUGGAUGAAGAGGAAAAGGAGAUUGAUGCCAAGCUGCGUUACCUGGAAAUGGGAAUUAACCGGCGAAAGGAUGCAUUGCUCAAAGAAAGGGAGAAGAGAGAAAGAGCCUAUCUACAAAGUGUUGCUGAGGACCGUGACUACAUGUCUGACAGUGAGGUGAGUAACAUUCGUGAGACAAGAGGUGGAGAGGAAGUUGGUGGACAUGGGCUUGAGAGACCUCGUACUGCACCCCAGUCAGAACUUGAUGACUUUGUUCCCCCACAGACCAAACAUGAGUACGGAAAAUAUUCCCAGUUCCAGUACCCACAGUACCAGCAGUCUCUGUACCAGCCUCAGUUGCCAUACCAAUCCCAGUCCAUGUACUCUUCUGUUCCCUCUCUAACUGCCUCACAACAACAGAGCUACCACCAAAUGCUCCUGUUGCAACAGAAAGCCAGGCAACAAGCUGCUCUUCUCUCUGAACUUGAUUCCACUAAAAUUGCCACAAACUAUGAGAGCUCAUCUUACUUGGGAGGAAAAUAUGGCAACCACCUUGACCUGCGUAGCUUAGAGGACAGUGCUGGAAGCAUGGCAGUCAGUCCAAUGUCCAAUGUGUCUGCAGACUCCUUCUAUGCGGACUUGGAUCAACAUAAUCAAACAUCAAGGAGCUAUAUGCUGUUGGAGGACACAGCGGAACUUGCAAAGAGCACUGGUAGCCUUUCAUCCACCAGCUAUGAGAGAGAGCUGGCCAAAGCGGAGCGACUUUUGAGACGUACUGCUGCAGAUGUUGGUACGGACUACCUUGGCACCUCUUCCAGAAUUCACUCCUAUGGUAAAGCCCAAGAUGAAGAUGACCCAAUGGAAGAACCUUUUGAACUUAAGCUUUUGAAGCAGCAACUGAAGCAAGAGUUUAGAAGAAGCACAGGGGGCACUGAAAGCUUGGAACAACUAGCUGGGCUCUCCCAUUCUUAUACAUCGAGCACUGGAGUGUCCAGUGGAGCCUACAGAGCCUUUCCUAAAACAGAAAAGUACAGCAUCAGUAGAUUGACUUUAGAAAAGCAGGCUGCCAAGCAACUCCCGACAUCUGUGCUCUAUCAGAAACACAAAAACACCAGCAACAUAGGCAAAUAUUCCUCCAUCCAGGAUAGCAGAGGUCUAGAAACAGACUAUAGUAGCUACUUGGGGUCCAGUAGUUCUUCUCCAAGAUCAGGCAGACUUCUACAGGAUGAGAUCACUUUUGGUUUACGAAAGAAUAUAGCUGAACAGCAGAAAUACCUGGGGUCCACACUUGGGGCCAAUUUGGCAGGAUCACUCAAUAUGAACCCAGGUAUGAGGUCUUUGGGAGAAGACUCCGCUUAUCCCAGUGGAAGCAGAUCACGUCCUUCUUCUAGACCAUCUUCUGUGUAUGGCCUUGACCUUUCCCUUAAAAGAGACACGUCCAGCUCCUCGUUGAGACUCAAAGCAGAAGGUGACCCCUCCUCAGAGACCUCAGCUUUUCAGACUCCAUCAGGCAGGUCAAAACCUACAAGCUUGCCCAUUGGACAGGGUGGACGUGGACGUAUCCCAAUCGUGGCACAAAACUCAGAGGAAGAGAGCCCGCUUAGUCCAGUGGGUCAGCCGAUGGGAAUGGCACGAGCAUCCGCAGGUCCUCUCCCUCCCAUAUCGGCAGACUCCCGUGAUCAGUUUGGAUCAUGCCUCUCUCUCCAGGAUUCUCAACAGCAACAUCUCAGAGACGAUCCGUCAAGAGUACGUAGCUAUGUGCUAAUGGACGAUCUGCAGGGCAACAUGUCAGAUAGCGAAGGUAAUUUGUUUGUCCACAGAUUGUCAUUUUGGAGUGACACUUCAUACACAGAUUUGUAUCCAUGUAUGUCUCAUCUUGUAAGUGCUUGCUCAUGACAAUGUGCACGCAUCAGUUCUUUGGAUUUGAUAUUCUAUUCUACAAUAAUGGGUUAAGAAUUCAUUCCAACAGCUUUUUCUUCUAACACUAUUUUGCAUGUGAUUUCUUUGCUGACUGCCAUUUUCUUCUUUGCGCACAAUUGUACUGCAUGCUUUCAGUCUCUGCAUGUUAAGCUAACAUUGCAUAUGCUUUCUGUAUGGGAUAACUGACAAAACGCAUGAUUAUGCUGGCUGUGUACUAUUACUGUUGUCAGUAGCAUAAUAAUAGCUUAAAAACC